AGCAGCUCCGGUCGUCAGACUGCAGUUGGCCACCAUGCUGUCACCGAAGAUGCAGCGCGGAGUGCGCAUCAACGAUAACCAGCUGCUGAUGCUGGCAGAAAAGGCGCGCUACGACCAGUACAUGUGCGGCAGCCUCUACAAGAGGACGUGCGACAACUCCAAGUGGCAGCUGCGCUGGUUCAACCUCUAUCAGAACAUGCUGUUUUACUACGAGACUGAGUCGAGCAGCCGCCCGUCGGGGGUGAUCCUGCUGGAGGGCUGCUACUGCGAGCGGCUCAUCACCACCGCGGCCAAACCCAAGGACACCGAACCGCUGUACUGUCUGUCAAUAACAUACCGCCGGGAGAACCAGAGGCAGUACGACCUGAGAGCCAACUCUGAGAGCGAGUGCAAGUCCUGGAUAGAGGCUAUCCGACACGCCAGUUUCAACAGGCUCCUGCUUCAAAAGGAGGAGCUGGAACAGAAGCAUCUGCACCUGCUGCAAAUUGUCGAGAGUGAGAAGACGGCGAAAUGGCAGUACUCACAACAAUGCGACGAGCUCACCACAGAAAUAAAGAAGCUUAGAAACGAGCUCUGCAGUCUGAAGAAGGACUGGCGGUUUUUGCCCCGCCAACAGUCCGAGGAGAGCGAAGAGUCUGAUGAAAUAAAGAAGAUAAAAAAGGUGCAGAGUUUCUUUCGCGGCUGGCUGUGCCGCCGGCGAUGGAAACAGAUUGUCGAAGAAUACAUCAAAUCACCGCACGCCGAGAGCAUGCGAAAGAGGAACAGUCUGGUAUUUCGAAUGGUGGAAGCAGAAGAGGAGUAUGUAGAACAGCUAAACAUCUUAGUGACGGGGUUCCUGCGGCCGUUCAAAAUGGCCGCCUCCUCAAAACUGCCGCCGUGCAGCCACGAGGACGUCAACUCCAUCUUCCUCAACUCGGAAACGCUGCUGUUCCUCCAUCAAAUAUUCUUAAAGGGCCUUUCAGCUAGAAUGGAGAGCUGGCCAACCUUAGUGCUGGGGGACCUGUUUGACAUGCUACUACCGAUGCUGAGCAUAUACCAAGAAUAUGUUCGCAACCAUCACUACAGCCUACAGGUGCUGACGGAAUGCAAAACAGAACUCGCAGUUCUCUACGUUCUGAGUCGGCUGGAGACAAGUCGACGUGCCAGGGACGUAACCUGGAGACGUUCUCACAUAUCCCAUGCAUCAGCCCGUGUGACGCCCCUCCAUCCCGUGCGGCAGAUCCCGCGCUACAUCAUCACGCUGCACGAGCUGCUGGCGCACACGCCUCACAACCACGUGGAGCGCCGCUCUCUGGACGAGGCCCGCAAACAGCUGGAGCAGCUCAGCCGGCAGAUGCACGACGAGGUCAGCGAAACAGAGAAUAUCAGGAAGAACCUCGCCAUCGAGCGUAUGAUUGUGGAGGGAUGCGACAUCCUACUAGAUGUCAACCAGGUCUUCGUGCGACAAGGUUCUCUUGUGCACAUCCUCCCCGAGAAGCAGCAGCGCAAAACGCCGAAAAUCCGCCGAGGCCCGCUGGACGGCUUCUCCAAGCGAUCCGACAGGGACAAGGAGCUCAUCCGGCAGUGUUUUCUCUUCAGUAACCACCUCAUCCUGGCUACCAGAACCAACAGCGGACACCUGCAUUUGAUCAAUGGGAUCGGUCGCGUCUCCCUGGCUGAUGCCAUUCUCAUUGAGGACCCCUCGGAGAACGACGAUGACCUGGACUCGGAGACCUCCUCCUCCACCUCCUCUCUGUCGGACAACUCGACCGUGGGCCAGCUGCGCCGAGAGCACAUCGGACUGGACUUCAAACUGAUUGUCGAACGGAAGGGCGACACGCCUCUGGUGCUGCACCUGGUGGCGCCCACCGCCCAGGAGAAGGCUGCCUGGGUCAGCGACAUCGCACAGUGUCUGGACAACGUGCAGUUCAACAACUGGUUUCGCAGCUCGGUAUCCGACACGUCGUCGGUGACGAUGCCGCACUCCAUCCGGAACGACCCCAAGCUGUUCAGGGACGAUAUCGACAUCCGCUUCUCCAAGACCCUCAACUCGUGCAAGGUACCGCAGGUCAGGUACGCCACGCCGGAGCGGCUGUGGAGAGGCUGACCGACCUGCGCUUCCUCUCCAUCGACUUCCU